AGGAGAAGGAGGGAGGGAGAGAGACACACACAGGAGGGAUGUGUUCUGAAGACCUCCCGUCCUCACCCUGAGAUGUGUUAAACGUGUGCCCAUUUCUCUCUCUCUCUCUCUCUGUCUCUGUGUGUUUUCAGAUGCUGCCAGGAGCUGCCAGGUGCCAGGAUCGUGUUUUCUGUCAGACUGAGCUGUCCAGCUUUCGAGAGACUGGGAGGCAGGUUCUGUGCCGAGCUGGUGCAUUGGAGCGGAUCCACCUGACGUUGGACUGAAGGAGGGAACAUGGUGGCGAUGCCCCUGCUCUCCCAGCUGUUUCCGGUGGUCGGGCUCCUCCUGGUCGCUGCCCCAGCCCGUUCCGACACCAGACUGGCUCCCAGCACCACACCGCCCACCAACGCCAGCUGCCUGGGGAUCUAUAACUGUGAGGCGGGGGUCAUCCUGCCCGUGUGGCACCCCCAGGACCCCUCGGUGGGGGACAAGGUGGCCCGCUCCAUCGUCUACUUUGCUGCAUUGGUCUACAUGUUCCUGGGCAUGUCUAUCAUCGCCGACCGCUUCAUGGCCUCCGUUGAGGUCAUCACCUCGCAAGAGCGGGAGAUCACCAUCAAGAAACCCAACGGUGAGACCACCGUGACCACUGUCCGCAUCUGGAACGAGACGGUGUCCAACCUGACCCUGAUGGCUCUGGGCUCCUCUGCUCCUGAGAUCCUGCUCUCUGUCAUCGAGGUUUGCGGCCACAACUUCGAGGCCGGCGUGCUGGGCCCUGCCACCAUCGUGGGGAGCGCGGCCUUCAACAUGUUCGUCAUCAUCGCCACCUGCAUUUAUGUGGUGCCUGACGGCGAGAGCCGCAAGGUCAAGCACCUGCGAGUCUUCUUCGUCACCGCCACCUGGAGCAUCUUCGCCUACAUCUGGCUGUACCUCAUCCUGGCCGUCAUCAGCCCCGGGGUGGUGGAUGUCUGGGAGGGCCUGGUCACCUUCCUGUUCUUCCCGGUGUGCGUGCUGGUGGCCUGGAUCGCCGACCGGCGUCUGUUGGUCUACAAGUACGUGUACAAGAAGUACCGGGCUGACAAGAGUCGUGGCAUUAUCGUUGAGACAGUGGGGGAGAGGCCCCCCGACAAGAUGGAGCUGGAGCUGGACGGGGUCUGCAGAGGCUCCCAGGACGGGGUGGACACCGAGGCCGGAGAGCAGGAGCAGGAGGAGGCCAGCAGGAGAGUCAUGGCCCGGGUCCUGAAGGAACUGAAGCAGCGGCACCCAGACAAAGACACCGAGCAGCUCAUUGAGAUGGCCAACUACCACACCCUGAGCCAACAGCAGAAGAGCCGGGCCUUCUACCGCAUCCAGGCCACCCGCAGGAUGACCGGGGCCGGCAACAUCCUGAAGAGGCACGCGGCCGAGCAGGCCCGGAGGGCGCUGAGCACCCAGGACCUCCGCUGUGACGGGUGCCUGUCCCAAGGGACCGUGCGCUUCGAGCACGCCCAGUACCAGUGCUUUGAGAACUGCGGCUCACUCCAUCUGGCCGUCACCCGGGAGGGCGGUGACUCCAACUGCUCCCUGGCAGUGGACUUCCGCACCGAGGACGGCACCGCCAACGCCGGCUCUGAUUACCAAUUUGCCGAGGGCACCCUGGUAUUCAAGCCCGGCGAGGUGCGGCGCGAGCUCUCUGUUGGCAUCAUCGACGACGACGUCUUCGAGGAGGAUGAGUACUUCCGGGUGCGGAUCUGUAACCUCCGUGUCAACCACUUGGGGGACUGGAGCGCGCCCGGACGCGACGCUGACAGCCCGCCGGCCUACGUCCUGGGCUCUCCCAGCGUCGCCACCGUCACCAUCUUUGACGAUGACCACGCCGGGGUGUUCUCCUUUAGCCAUGAGACGCAGCGGGUCAGCGAGAGCGUGGGGGUCAUGCACGUCAAGGUGCAGAGGACCUCCGGUGCCCGGGGCACCGUCCAGCUCCCCUUCAAGAUGUCUGAGGGCACGGCUAGACCCGGUGAGGACUUUGUGCAGUACAGCGGGCAUCUGGUCUUUCAGAACGACGAGACCGUGUAA